CGUGCCGCAGAUAGGUGGGCCCACGACAAGCACAUCGCCUCCCUUCCCCACUUCGCCCUCGCCGUUCUCCCCUCGCCCUGCCUCCACCGAUCCACCCCGCGCCGGCACGAAACCCUAGUCCCUAGACCUGUGCGGCUGUCCUCCUCUCCGCGAGAGAAAGAGAGGGAGGGAGAGAGAGAGAUGUAUUCGGACCAGAUCUCCACCAGCCGCAAGCGCUCUAUCCACGAGCGCCUCGACGGCGACCUCCCCGCCGGCGCGGGAGCAGGCGGCCGUGCCCGUCACACGGCGUCCAAGAGGCAACGGCAGAUAGAUGAAAAAUGGAAGCAUGAUCUGUACCGGGAAGAUGAUGAACCAGCUUCAAAAUCAAUUGAUCCAAGGGAUUUACGAUUGAAGCUUCAGAGGAGAAGUUCUCAACUAGGCUUUACCAGCACAAAGAGUUCUGGUGUGCGUGAUCUACGUGAGAAGCUAUCUGGAACAAUGCACCCACAGCCAUCGAAUGCUGACCCUCCAAAGCCAAAGCCAGUAUCAGAAGUUGUCAAAAUCUCAAGGCGUGAAGCUGCUGAUGAAAUGCCAGCACGCCAAAGUAAGAAAGCAUCAAAACAGACUUCAUCGAAGAAGACAUCUCAGCCAAAGGCUGAAAGUCCACUAGACAUUUUCCUGAGUUCACUUGGACUUGAGAAGUAUUCAAUUACCUUCCAGGCAGAGGAGGUUGACAUGGCAGCCCUAAGGCAUAUGACUGACAGUGAUCUGAAGGCUUUGGGCAUUCCAAUGGGUCCUCGGAAGAAGAUUAUCCUUGCCUUGGAAUCCAGAGCAUAGGGCCGCGGCAAAGGAGCACAAUGUAGAAAGGUGGGGGAGAUUCGCUAGGCAUGCUCAUAUGCAAGUUUGCCAAACCUUUGUAUUCAUAUGUCUGGUAAAGGGUGCAACAACAUGGGCUCCUUGUAAGUUGCAACGCAUGUUCUGUCCUGUUGGGCAUGCCCAACCAAGUUUAGGAUGUUUAGAAGGCAGGCUGUUGCGGCUAAUGAUGUAACUUAUAAGUCUCCCAUUAAUUAAAUGGUGCGGUAUACAUGUUGAGGCUAUUCUGUUGGUCUUGGAAUGCUGUAUUAUGUUACGGCAUUGCAUUGUGAAUUCUUCCAUGAGGGAUAUAUUUGAAAUCAGGUUGGUCUGGGGCUAUGCUUU